UUUAAUGUUGGUUAUGUCAAAAACAUAACCUUUAAAAUUCAUACAAAAAUUGAUAAAAAAAUGUAUAUAAUCUAACAUUACGAAAUGCUCCCAAACAUUUUUAGAUAUUUAAGUAACAAAUAUAAUUAUAGUUUAUUAAAAAAAACUAAAACAAAUUCGUUUAAUCGGAUUAUACACAUCACAAAAACCUUAAACCACGGCGAAUACGAAUGGAAAGAUCCUAAAUCUGACAAAGAAGUAGUAAAUAUCUGUAUCGUUAAAAAAGAUGGUGAAAAAGUUAAAAUUCGAGGUAAAAUCGGAGAUAACCUGCUUUAUUUAGCCCAUCGGUAUGGCAUCCCUAUGGAAGGAGCUUGCGAAGCUUCUCUAGCUUGCACAACUUGUCAUGUAUAUGUCAACAGUGAUUAUUUAGACAAGUUAAAUCCUCCCGAAGAGAAAGAAGAUGAUCUGUUAGAUUUAGCACCCUUUUUAAAGGAAAAUUCGCGAUUGGGAUGCCAAAUAAUUUUGAGUAAAGAUAUGGAAGGGAUGGAGUUGCAAUUACCGCAAGCUACACGCAAUUUUUAUGUUGAUGGACAUACUCCAAAACCACAUUAAAACAAACUUGAAUACAAUUAGUUAUUUAGAUGUGUGAUCUUUUAGAAUAAAUUCAAAGAAAACCUUUA